UUUGGAAACAGGGUUAUAAAAGGGACAGAACUGAAAAUUAUGAAAAGUCAAGAUCACAGAUCAGGAAUGAGCAGCUAAAAACGAGAAUCCGAACCAGAAAGGAAAGACCUUCAUGUUUGACUGAAAACUGUCCAGUAGAAACUUCUCUAACAAUGGCCCAAAUAAUAGUCCACCCCAAAAUAGCUCUUGUCGAUGAACCACUGCAUAUCCGAGUAACUGGCCUGCUCCCUAACCAGAUGAUAGUGAUGCAGGCAAAACUGACAAGUGAAAAAGGAGUGCUCUUUCAAUCCCACGUCUUCUAUAAGGCUGAUGAAGGUGGAGAGGUAGACCUGCAGCAGGCAGCUGCACUUGGAGGGGACUAUGUGGGCAUCCAUCCUAUGGGCCUCUUCUGGUCCUUGAAACCUAUGAAGAUACUAUCUAGGCUAUUCAAACAGGAUGUGAUGAACAGUCCCUACUUGGUCCAGCUGUCUGUAUACAAUGUAGAAGAAACUAUAAAUGACUUACCUAAAUCUCCUGAAGCCACUGAGAUGGUGGAGAGAUGGUACUCAGCACCUGGAGUAACUCGAAUCCAAAUAAGAGAAGGUAGAAUUCGAGGAGCGCUCUUCCUCCCACCAGGAGAAGGCCCUUUCCCUGGAGUAAUUGAUUUAUUUGGUGGCGUUGGGGGACUGAUUGAAUUUCGAGCAAGUCUCCUGGCCAGCCAUGGCUUUGCUACAUUGGCCUUAGCUUACUUUAACUAUGAAGACCUGCCUGAACUACCACCUGUUUUGGAUAUUGAAUACUUUGAAGAAGCUGCCGAUUUCCUCCUUAGCCAUCCCAAGGUCCUUGGUCCAAAGAUCGGGAUAAUUUCGGUAUGCAUGGGGGCCCAGAUUGGAUUGGCAAUGGCAAUAUUCUUGAAGCAGGUGGCAGCCACAGUCUGCAUCAAUGGUUUCUUUUUUGCAACUGGAAGGAAUAUCAAGUAUAAAAAUGAGAACAUUCACUCAAUUAAUUCAUUUCCAGAAAGGAUAAGAAUAAAUGAUUUGGGGCUAUUAGAGGUAUAUCAUAUAUUAGGAAACCCUCAAGAAGAGGUAAAUAAGCAUGCUUUUUUGCCAGUAGAAAGGUCCCAGGGUCAUAUCCUAUUCAUUGUUGGAGAGAAGGAUAAAAACAUAAAUAGCAAAUCUUAUGCUGAGCAAGCAAUGGAGAGGCUCAAGAAACAUGGGAAAAGCAAUGGCACCCUACUCUCCUAUCCAGGAGCUGGGCACUUGAUAGAGCCUCCCUACUCCCCCUUGUGUUUGGCCUCAUGGAACCCCUUUUUCAUGAGACCUAUUUUGUGGGGUGGUGAGACCAUCCCUCAUGCUGAAGCCCAGGAACAUUCCUGGAAAGAGAGUUUAAAGUUCCUCAGAUGUCACCUUAGCCCAGCCAGCAUCAGCAAAUUAUGAGAUCUUUCCCAGAUUCUGACACAUUACUGGGCACAACAGUCCCUUAAUAAUAUUUGUUGAAUUAAAUUUGAAAUAAAAAUCAGGGGAUGUAGAUUUGACUGGAUCAAUAAAAGAAAGAGCUUUUUAAAAAUUAAUUGCAGCUAUCCAAAAGGGGAAUGGUCUGCCUCAGGAGACAGAGAGUUAUCAAUGGAAGUCAGCCAUGGAGAAUCAACAAAUGACAAUUUGACAAGAUGCUGAGAAGAUCUAGCAGGUAGAGAGUUAGAACUGAAGUCAGGAACAUCUGAAAGAAAUCUGGUCCCAGACAUUUAAUACCUCUAUGACUCUGGGCAAGUAAUUUCACAGCUAUGUGCUUCAGUUUCCUUAUCUAUAAAAUGGGGAUCAUAAUAAUAUCUACCUAAAUUCCUUUCCUUCUCUUCCCACACUCCAUUCUUAUGAGGAUAAAGGGAGAGGAUAUUUUCAAAACAGUCUGCAAAUCCUAAAGUGCUUUAUAAAUGCUAGCUAUUAUUUUUUAUUCUUUUCUUCUAUUAUAUAUUUUAAGUACAGGAUUGAUUCAAAUCUUGUCUGGCAGUUCAUAUUUCUCUUAUCUUUUUAACAUCUCAAGAUUCAUGACUUUCAUUCUUGAUGGGAGUCCAUAAGGGAUAAAGGAAAGAGGUGAUUUUUGAAAGUUCAAGUUAAUUUAUAUUUUAUACCAAUAUCACAUAGCAAUCCAAAGGGAUUAUUUUUUGCUUUUCUAAGACUCUUGCAAAGAACAAUUAAGUAUGUUUAUCUGUCAAUACCUGAUCAAAUAAAAAAGAAUUGAGGAUA